AUAAGAAACAUAGUUAUCAUUUACAUUUUCAUUUGGAUUCUUAAUUAUAUUGUAUGUCCAUCUGAUGUAAAUUGAAUAAAUUAAGAAAGGUAGAUAACAUCAUCUUAUCAUAUCAAUUAAAGGAAAAGUAAAACAAAACAUUAAAAAUUAAUAUAUGAUUGUUUUAUAUUUCAUUUUCGCAUAUAUUCGAAGGAUCUCUAUGGAGAUAUGAAGAUGAAUUGAUUGUAUAUAUGAAUAUUUAUGAUAUAAGAUAAAAAUCAGAGAAGAUUUAUUUUAUCAACUAUUAGAUGAUAUAACAUAUGCAUAUGCAGGAAAUUAAUAAAGAUAAAUUUAAAUUAAUUUAUUCGAAUAUAUUGAAUUCUGUUAUAAUUCUAUGUUCUAUCUAUUGAAAAUGAUACUAAAUAGUAAAACAUAUUUUGGAUACAAUAUUUUGGAUUUUAAUUUUUAAAUCGCCAAAAGUUUUUUUUUCUAAAUAUCGUUUUUUCUAAAUAUCAUGCAAAAUGAAGCUAUCUUCAAAGUUUCAAUCAAAUUAGAUGACAGGCUUUCGAAAUUUCGCUUACUGAACCAAUAAACGUCACGUCAUUUCAUUAAUUAUAACAUGAAAAUAAUAAGAUAAUUCAAUUCAAGGAUAAUUAAAAACAUGGGAUGCGAAGUCUUAUAUAAUGAAAAUAUAUUCUACACUUUAUUUAUAGUUGGUUAAACAUUAAACGUUUCUAUAGAAACUUGAAUUGAUUCAUUCAUAUAUAGAUCAAACCUGUGAACCCGUCGCUUAACAAAACGUUAUUCCUUUAUACGUAUUUUCGAAAUUGAAAAAUAAAAUGAACAAUCGUCCACUUGAAUUAGUUCCUCCACCUCCAUUGAAGUUUACUUUAUAUCAAUGGCAUCUAAAUAAUCGUCAUAGGUAUCGAUGUUCGGAAGCGCAGCAAGAGUUAGCAGAUCGAUUACUUAAUGAAUCUCAACGUAUUUGUGAAUUGAGUUCUGAAACAGUAAAAAAUAAUAAAGAAGAAACAGAUCAUAGACUUAAAGAAAAAAUUGAAGAUAUAGAAUUUCGUAAAAAGGAACUAUUACGUAUAAGGAAAGAAGUUAUCCUUGAAAUUGAUACUUUAUCGAUAUAUAAGGAACGUAUUAUGGAUGCUUUAUCAUCCAUAAGGAAAAGUGCCCUUAUUAUUUGCGAAAAGUGUCUCGUUUUUAGAGAACAAAGAUUAGGAAUUGAUUUAGUUCAUGAUGACGUUGAAAAAGAAUUGAUAAAAGAAUGUGAAGUAAUUAGGGGCGUCGAAAAUUUAUUAGUUCGAACUUUAGAACAAACUCAGGAACAAAUACGUCGAUUAAAAGCAACACUUUAUUAUAUGGAUCACGAACUUGAGGAUAAAGAAAAUAAUUUACGUAUUGACAAACAUAAUUUAACAUUAAAAGAAACUAGUUUAAAUUUAAGCAUUUAUCAUGGCAGUUCACGACUUGAUCCAUCAACUAUUGAAUUGAAUGAAUGGGAAAUGCAAACUAAUAACAAUAUCAUGAUAGCUUCGAAAGAAGUAAAUUGUGCUAUAACUUUGCGUUGUUAUAUUGAUACAAUUAUAAAACAAGCAAUCGAUGAUCUAAAUGAACAAAAAAAUGCUACUAAUGAAGCUUUCAGACGCCGUAUCGAAGAAACCAAGGAAGCAAAAACAAAAUUAGAAUUACAGCAUUCUGAGAUAAUGCGACAAGCAGAAGAAAUGAAGGAGAAUAUUACGCGGAUAGAAAAAUCAAUUGCAGAAAAGGAAUGUUUCUUAGCUUUGGCUCAUACGAGACUCGGUAAUCGUUGUCAAAGACCAGGAUUAGAACUUACACGAGAUCUAGUCGAAAAUAAUCUUGUAAAGGAAGUAUAUGAUUUACGCGAUGUUAUGUCUAAAUUGCAAGCAACUAUGUUUGAGGCUCAGGCAUCAUUGCGUUAUUUAUUGAAAACACAAAUUCAGAUCGAAGAAGAUAUUAAUGUUAAAACAAAUACAUUAAAAAUUGAUGAAGUCGAUUGUAUGACUCUUCGUCAGAGUAUGUUCUAUCAUGUAUAUUGAAAUUAAUUCAAAUAUUGAAUAACAUCAUUAAAAUUUUUAUAUGAUAAAUAUAAAAAAAUAAUAACAGUAUUUUUUAUACAAAUUAAAAAUAUAAAAAUUAAUAUUAUAUUACAAUUUUCGUAUAUAAAAAAAAAAUUAAUUGAAUAUAUCAUUAGAAACAAAGACAUUAUAUAAUUUAAUAUGAUACUUGAAAUUGUAUUUUGUAUUAAUCUCAGACAUAUAAGUAUUUAUGAUAUAUGUAAUAUAUACAUAUACUUUUCAUUAGUUUGUAGAUUGUGCUUCAAUAAAAUGCCACUAUUGGAAGUUUAUGUUUAGUUUAAAA